GUGAAAAGGUGCAUUAUAAAAUCUGGUGUUUUGCAUGAUCUAAGGGCUCUUAGUCAGCUGUUGUCUAUCUUCUCUCUUCUCUCUCCACUCUCACUUUCUUCCACGCUGCCAUCGCCAUAAUCGCUACGCCGUCGUCUUCAACUAUUGUUUCCUUUCAACUAUUGUUUCCCAAAGCACUGCCGACAUUGAAGCACGCAACCGCCAAUUUGUUUUCCAUUAUUUUUAGGGUUUGGAGGUAAAGAUGAGAGUAAUUCAGAAGUUUUCAAUUGCAUCGCUGUUCAUGUGGGCAGUCCCUAUUGCAAUAUUAUAUGCCUUCAACAAUAAUCUGCUUCCUGGAACAUCCAAUUUGUCCCCUCACUCUUUGACACUAGUGAGCGGAUUUCUAGCCGUCAUAUCUGUUAACAUAGUCAUUGCAUUUUACAUAUAUUUGGCAAUGAGAGAACCUGCAGAUAAACACGAGCCUGAUCCGAAAUUUCUUGCCGAGGCCAAAGCUAGUAUAAAUCAAUCUACAGGAGAUGCUCAACAAUCUUCCCAGCCUCUUAAGAAACAACAGUAGGUUAGACCUCUUUGUGGUGCUCACAAGUUGUUCAUCUUGGGGGAAGAAGAGGGGAGAAUGGGGAUGAAGGGAGAAGGUCCUGAAUUGUGUACUGAUCAUACUUCUUUUAUGAAGUUUGCACAUGAUCCAUCUUGUGCUCAACGUAUGUUUCCAAAACAUUAGUUUUGUACCAUUUUAUUUACAUAUGUUUCCAAAAUAUUAGUUUUGUAUCAUUUUAUAUAUAUAUAUUCAAGUUACUUUUAGUUUACAA